AUGAGCCUACAAGGAGCUAUCUAUGGUAUUGAAUGUACAAACAUACGCCAAAGCCUUCAGGACCUGCGAGAACCAGUCUGUGAGCAAUACAACGAUCCGUUUAACAAAAAUUCUCAAUUUCGACUAAAUGAACCAGAAAUUGAUUUUUCUACAUCUGCAUCCUUAACAUACGAUAAACCACAACCUCGAAAUAACUUACAUAAAUUAUAUAGAAGAUUAAAAUUUUUCAGUCAAAGAGAUAAAAAUAAACCUGCCAAGGACAGAAGUAAUCAGAUAUUCCCUCAAAAGACAUUUCGUAUUAAAGAAGAUACAGCGGAAGAAAUAGCGAAAACACGAUGGCAUGUUUGGAAUACAUUUACAAGAAGAAUUCGGAAGACUUCAUCUUUUUUGAGUCCACCGCCUGCCCCAUUUGGCUACAACUAUUCAUUGAGUGAUUCCCCACAUUCGUCAGCCGGAAUUUGUCCUGUCAAUCUAGAUCAAAUGUUCCACUCACUAGACCCCAGAGUUGAUUAUAAAAGCCCGACCACCAGUGCGAGCUUCUCAUCUCAACACCCUUAA